AUGUUUCGAACAGUACUCCACGUUGAGCGUGGAAUUUGCCGCUACUCGUGCCUCUUACUAGGUUACAAUACCCGAGCCGGCUCUUUGAGUUCUUUAUUGCAUUUUUCAAAAGCUAGUGCGGAAAAAAUAAUGGCUUUACCACGAGUUUUUAUGGAUAUGGCUGCUGAUGGUCAAAGUUUGGGUCGUAUUGUGAUCGAAUUGAGAUCUGAUGUUGUACCAAAAACUGCUGAAAAUUUUCGAGCACUCUGCACAGGUGAAAAAGGAUUCGGAUACAAGGGAUCUACUUUCCACAGAGUUAUUCCAAAUUUCAUGUGUCAAGGUGGAGAUUUUACUCACCACAAUGGUACUGGAGGAAAAUCCAUUUACGGAGAAAAGUUUGCAGAUGAAAACUUCAACUUGAAACAUGUUUCCCCAGGAAUUUUAUCAAUGGCCAAUGCUGGUCCCGAUACAAAUGGAAGUCAAUUUUUUAUUACUACCGUGAAGACAACUUGGUUGGAUCGUCGUCAUGUAGUAUUUGGUAAAGUUGUCGAGGGAAUGGAUGUUGUGAAAAAGAUUGAGACAUAUGGUUCUCAAAGUGGUAAAACUGUAAAGGAAAUUGUCGUACAAAAUUGUGGACAAUUAAUAACAUUAAAAUAA